AUGGCAUCUUCAAUACCAUCAAAGCAUCCCGCAGUGGUCAUUGUAGCCCCACGCGCCCCUCUGGAAAUCCUCGAGGUCGACACCGUCUCUCCUUCAACGGAUGAAGUUCUCGUCCGCGUUGAAUGGAUCGGCUCUACACCUUUGAAUCUGCACCAGGCAGACGGUGGCCUGCUCAUCAAGCCACCACACAUCAUGUCCGGAUGCUUCGCUGGUACAGUGGUUCAGGUCGGCGAACUGAAGGACCCAGCUCUCUCUGAGUCCUCCACGACCCUUCAAGUGGGUGACAAGGUCUUCGGCUUCUCCUUCCAACAGGAGCAGCACAAACCUAUGCAGACAUAUAUCACCGUCCCAGUGACCUUACUCGGCAAGGUUCCCGCCAAUGUCUCAGCACAAGAGGCUGUCACCGUGCCCAGUAACUUCUGCACGGCAAUGCACACUAUUACCACAGACUUGGAACUGGAGCUGCCAUGGCCUGUCCCGGAGAACUGGACACCGCCCGAGGCUGACAAGCCGAUUCUGGUAUGGGGUGCUGCCAGUAGCGUGGGCCAGUAUGUGUUGCAAGUGCUGAAGCACUGGGGUUACCGCAACGUUCUGGCCGUGGCGAGCGCGAAGCACCACCGCUCGCUGAAGGAUCUCGGCGCGGCUGCUGUCUUUGAUUACAACGACAAAGACGUCAUGCUAUCACUGUCCUCUGGGCCGCGCAUCCCGUACAUAAUCGAUUGCAUCGGCUCGCUGGAGGGCACCUUGACGCCCCUGAGCAAGAUCGCAGAGAAUGGCUCCAAGGUUGCCGUCAUGCUGCCUGUCAUUGUGAGCCAUGCGAGUAGCAGCGAGGUGCCGGCAUAUGAGAUGGACGUGGGCAAUGUACUGGUGGGGCAAUGGAAGGACGGCGUGCAGGUGAAGGGCGUGAGGACUCAUUUUUAUCAGAAGAACGAAUUCUUCAAGUACCACCUGCAGCCGGAUGUCAUGCCGGCGUUGUUGCAGGAUGGCCUGAUUCAGCCAAACAAGCAGAGGCUCGUGGAGGGAGAGACGCUGCUGGAAAGAGCCGAGCAGGCGCUGUCCUUGUUGAGGGAUAGAUCUGUCAGCGGGGAGAAGCUUGUGUGGAGAGUUGCCGAGGAUUAA